AUGAGCAACGGCCGGCCGCGCGACAUCGUCUACUGUCACGAAUGCGACAACGAGUGGUACAGAGACGAACAUGGCCUCACUUGCCCCAGCUGUACCAGCGACUUCACGGAGAUAGUGGAGUCCGCUAAUGAUCCUCGCGGCAGCGAACAGCAUGAACCCGAAGACUCUGCGCCGGCUGGUGGCUAUGGCGACUACUACGCCCCAGCGCCCGACCCCGAUGAGGAGGAUAUAGACAAUCUUCGGUGGACACAGACGGGGCCUGACACGUAUCGGUUAAGGGGAACCUAUCGCACCGAUAUCCCCAUCACUCCGGGCACGAACCUACAACAGCCAGGAGCUGCGCAACCGGGUUUGAUGGGAAUGGUGGGCAGUGUCUUGCAAAAUAUGCUUGGUGGGGGCCAACAACAGCAGCAGCAACCACAACCGCAACAACCUCAGUCUCCUCAGCAACCCAGGAGUCAGUCACCGUGGGAGGAAGGCGGGCAAAGACCCGGUAUCCCGCCCCACCUCGCCGCUCUCCAACGAUCCCCGACCCCCGGCUCACCCCCUGGCAACGGUACUUUUGUGCGCCAUGGCUCGGGGCCGGGCUUCACUUAUACCAUUGCAACCACGGGUACUUCCAACUUCGGCGGCGGCGGCGGCGGCGGCGGCGGCCAUCUGCUCCCCCGAAAUGCAAAUGGUCCUCAGCCCUUCCAACCUCAGCCUGAUCACAUUGAACAAAUGCUCGCACAGCUGUUUGCCAACAUUGGCGCAGGUCCCGUGGGCCCGGAUGGUCGUAUGCAAGGAGCAGGCCAGAUGGGCGGGCCCAUCAUGUUUGGCGGUCCGGGUGGUCAGGUGCGCGGCAUGCCAUUCGGCGACAUCUUCCAACUCUUUGGCCCUCCUGGGGGAGUUGCCGGCGAUGCAGUCUACAGUCAAGAAGCUCUGGACCGCGUCAUCACGCAAUUGAUGGAGCAACACCAAGCCGGCCAUGCCCCUGGCCCUGCGACGGAAGCCGCCAUCAAGUCCCUGCCCAUCAAAACCAUCUCCAAAAGCGACCUCGGCGAGACGGGGAAAGCCGACUGCAGCAUUUGCAUGGACGAGGUCCCUGUCGGCGACAGCGUGACGGAGCUGCCGUGCCAUCACUGGUUCCAUGCAGACUGCAUCCGCGCGUGGCUCAGCGAGCACGACACCUGCCCUCACUGCCGGCAGGGCAUCAUGCCGAAGGAUGGCGACGCCAACUCUUCCCGGCCACGCCAACCCAAUCAGGCGCCCAGGCACGACAUGCGAAGUCCCGAGUACACCCGACCGAGUGAUGUCCCCGGCGCCUAUCCGUUUCCCAGGCAGAAUUCAGGCCAAGCGGGUGGAGACGGAACCCAACAAAACCCAUACACCGUGCCCAACAGUCCGAACAUGUACCAACCGGGUAGCCCUAACGACGACAGGCGGAGGAGUAGCGGCAACGGCAUGUUCAGUCGUAUGCGCGAUGCUUUCGGUGGUGGUGGGUCAAAUGGGGGCCGAGGAUGA